AUGGUACUUACAUUAUUUAAAGAGGGCGGAAAAGUAUUGUGUAUAACUUUAUAUAAAACAUUGAUGGAUGUUUUUAGGCCAAACUAUAUGAACAAGGAAGACGCUUAUAAAAUAUUGGGUGUUACUUCUACAGCUAAUAGUGAUUUAAUUACAAAAAGAUAUUUGGAUUUGUUUAAUAGAAAUUAUAGAAUGAAUAAUGGUUCUAAGUAUUUACAGAGUAAAAUAAAAAAUGCUUACGAAUUUUUAAGUAAAGAUUUUGAAAAAUAA